AUGCGCCUCCUUUUCCUACCGUAUAACCCGGUGACGGAUUCUCAUGACAUUGACGAGACAGCAGAGGAGUCCCCGCAACAGCAUGCCGCAAGGGUCUACCACCGCAAGGCCAAGUCCCUCAAGACGCCUGGCCUUCGCGGCCAACGACCCUCUGCAGGUAAGGGCAUGAAAGAGACUGUUACAAGGGUUGUGCAAGCAUCGUUCCCCGAAUCAAGCAGCCAUGGGCAAAUGAGAUCCAAACCUCCGAUUCCCGAUCCGAGCACCGUACUAGGGGCCGGCAGACUUGACCCGUUCAACGCCUAUUGUCUGCCGGACCAGCCUCAGAUGGUGCAUGAAAUGCUUGACCAUGCCGUCUCGUACCAGUGGUCCCUCUUUGCCGCCGAUGACCGGCCAGGAUCUCUGCUCGCGGCGAAAAAGUCAGUCAUGGACACUGCGAUCCGCUCCCCAUUGUGCUUUCAUACCCUCGUCUAUACCGGUGCCGCACACAAGGCUUUCCACCAAUCUCCAACGGUGGACAAUUCAAAGAGCGCGGUCUUGCGGCUGAAAAGCAAAUUGGAAGCGAUCAAGUCGCUCAGAGAAGCCCUCCAGUCUCAAGCGUCAGCCCUAACCGACGAGGUCAUCUUCGCCAUGGCCAUGUUGGCAAUCGUCGGCUACGGAGAGAAGGUGACGGCGGCAGAAAAGCGCGAGAAACGAACAAUGUCGGCCCAGCAAGAUGGCCAGUUCUACUCCAGCCAAGAGUACGAAUGGCGACACAUGAGGGCUGUGGUCGAGAUCGUCAAGAUGAAAGGCGGAUUACAUACGAUCCGACUCCCCGGGCUUGCCUUUGCCCUUGCUUCCUUCGAUAUCCACACAUCGAUCAUGUUUCAGAGGAAGCCCUCCUUUCCGCUAUUCAUGCCCUCUUCGUCGGCCAUCAGCUCCUGGCCCACCAGCCACCCCGGAAGUCUCGCAUCUCAGAGAUGCCCCAAUCUGGCCACCGGCUUCGACUUUCUCGCAGAUCUGGACCUGCCGCCAGCCCUCAAAAUGCUGCAUGUUCUACACGACAUGCGCGAUCUGAUUAUCGCUUUCGACAGCUACCAACGCGGCGACCGUCGUGAAGCUCCCCCGAUCAGGAUGAUCAUCUUUGCACGAAACCUGAAUCAGCACGAGCUGCUGACCCUGCCGGACCUGUCGGAGGAGCUGUUUUCAUCGUCGUCAAGCUCGGUCCACCCUGCUAAGAACCCAGCCCUCGUACAAACACAACGUCGAGCACUCGCGGCCUACGAGCUCUGUCGCCUAUGCGCCUUUGUCUUCCAGGUCACGGUCCUCCUGCCCAACCUGCACGACAAUGUCGAUGUGACGAUUCCGUACGCCGAGCGGGUCAAGCGAUGUCUGCAACACGCCACGACUCCAGACUUGUGUUUGCACCCCGAUCAGACCUAUCGUCCUCUCCUCCUCUGGACCGCGGUCAUGACUGCGUGGUCCGUGAAGAGCACCUUUCUCUACGACUGGUUCGUCGAGUUCCUCGUUCAACACGUCAGCGCUGCCGAGAGUGUCAAAAAGGAGGAAGUUCCCUGGGAGAUGACGACUGUCAAGGACAUGCUCGCCCGGUUCCUCUGGCUGGGUAGUGAGUGCGAGGUACCGUGUGCGGAGAUUUGGCACGAUGUCAAAGCCUCGCUUGGUCGGGACGAGCAGUGCGUGUUUUGUUAG